AACGGAAUCUCUAGUUUAAAUUGAUAAAAUAAAUUGUAGAGGAAUCACUUUUGGCUUUGUGGAUUACUAGCCCGGCUAUCACUCGUCGUUGGUACAAUAAACAAAAGGAAUCACUCAGAUCCGGCCAUUAUCAACUUUACAACUAAAAGAAAAAACGAAGUCGUCACCAUGUCAUGGGAAAUCGUCACGAAAUCAAGAAAAGCUAAGAAUUUAGAUAAGAAGGUGGAGGCUCAUACUGAGAAAAAACGUUUGGCAUCCAUGGACCCAAAACUAGAGGAGAUUUUGCCUUUGCAUGAGUAUCGCAAUUUAUUGUCUGGCCAAAGAGGGAAAGACAACUUAUCGCCUGCGGAGUCGGCAAGUUCCUCUACCAAAUCGAAAGAAUCUCCAAGAAAAACAAGUUUCAAAGAAAAAUCAACGAAAAAGGAACAUAUUUUGCAGCAACAAGCAAAGUUGAAGCCGGCGAUUUCAAAAGCUAUAAAUAUAGAGGCAGUGCUACGUAGUAUUACAGCAAAUGAUUUCGCAAGCCAAUUGGAGCAAUUAAAAUUUGCGUAUCCUGGUUCCGAGCUUCUUUGGCUUAAAGGCGUUGCAAGUUUUUUCAACGAAAAACUUCUGUUCGAUAGCGAUCCGAUAUUUUCCGGAAAAUCAAUGAAUUAUCCGUGCAAUUUAAUAAAUGCAGCACUUAAAACUGCCGUUCUUGAUUUUUUAAAAUCGGUGGGAGAAGAGAAUUUAUCAUAUUUCUACCACACUUUACUAAUUAGUAUGACUACGGAGCUUUCCAAGAAUUUACCAAUUGUGGGUUACAAGCUCAUACUUCAAUUAAUUGGCCGACAUUGGCCACAUGUUGCAUCGAAUAACAUGGCGAAAAUUGCUUUAUUACGAAAUUCUUAUCAAAAUAGGCGCAUCAUUUGUUUAAACAUACUUUGGGCAAUUGGCCAAGGUGGCUUAGAGCAGAUAACGGAGGGAAUCAAAGUCUGGCAAAAUUUAAUGUUACCCACUCUCGAAUUAAAAAGCUAUACAAAAUUCACAACGGAAUAUUUAGAGAAAGUUUUGAGCGCAUCCGAUGAAAGUUGUACAAUAACUUUGAAUCAAAAUGAAUUCUUCUCGUUCUACAACGCAUUAAAAACAAGUUAUUCCAUUCCAAAAGAGAACCAAGAGACCCUAAUAAAAUGUGCACAUGGCUUUCUGAUUAAGUACAUUUUAUCCAGCAGCAAGCAUGCAAACAUAUUUCUUACGCUUUUCCGUAAUAUUGUGGAACCAAGCAGAAGUCGCAGUGAGUUAGCUGGAUGUCUUUGUUGCCUUGUAAAUAGUGAAGAUAGCUUUAAAGUAUGGAAGAUGAAUUACAAAAAGCAACUGCUGUCAUCCUUUUUGCUAUUUAAAGAAAUAGAAAGGCAACUGGAUAAUGAUGAUAAAAAUGUUUUAAAGCUGGCUUGUUCCAACCCAUUUCGUACAUUUCUGGAGGAAGCUCAAAAGCUCAAUGAUGAACUAGUUACAUCAAAACGGAAAGAUCAAAUUGCAGAAGAUCUGAUAGAUGUUGUCAAGACUAUCCAAGAAAAAACCGCACAACAAAAAAAGAAACAAAGCACUGAGCAGAAUAAAUGUGGGAUCUGCAAGUGGAUCCUGGGCAGUUUUGUAUUGAUCACAGUGAUUGCUGCUGUGUUGAUCUACGACACGAAUUUAAAUGGGAAAGGUGUGUUUGAACAUUCAGCUACUGGGAAAGUCUUGAAGAAUGCCGGAGUGUUACCGCAUGUGGAGAAAGCAUGGUACAUGUCAAUGGGAGCUGCAGCACGUGGUUACAAAUGGGCCGAACUCCAUGUGCCACCAUACGCGAAGACUGCUGGCCAGCUGGUAUGUGAUGUCUUCAAAUUGUCACGCAAUGCCGCCUGUAAUAUAUAUGGUGUGCUCUUAGAUUUUGUAGCGUCUAAACUACCUGUUGCUGCAAAAUUUCUCGAACAAUAUGUUCCUGGUUUCUCUAAAAGAAUCGGCGACACUUCAUUAGCAGUCAAAAAUGUUUGUGUGGACGUGUUUGGAAAGACAGUAGUCUUCUUUAAGACACAGGUUUUCAUUGACCGCUUUUCUCCCGAAAACCUUAGCAAAGUUGCGAAUCAGACUCGCAAUGCUGCACUCGAAUACUAUAUGCAGUUCCAUGAAAAGGUUGAUACUUAUUCAAAAUUGAAAUGAUUUUGAGAACAAAUACAAAUCUGUACAUACAUAAAGGCGAUCAUUUCACCAAUUCAAUCCAACUCAACAGAACACCUCCACUAAGACCGAUGCCAAUCGCCCAACAGCAAAAACGAUUGCCACCAAAAUAUUUUUGAGUGCUGUUAAGACAACUUUUUAUCUCAUCAUGAAUAUGUUGAAUGAAGCGAAACACUGAAAACUUACUGUAUCUACUAAAUCUAUCUUGCAUUUAAGACUUAUUAUUCUACUUUGAUAUAUUCCAUUACAUUUUUUUUUUGUUUUGCGAAAACAAAACAGGCACUCAAAAGUUAAUAUAUAUUUGCAUAUAUACAUAUAUGUAUGUAUAUUAAUGUAACCAUUUUGUUAGGGUGCAUAAAGUUGUGGCAUACUAUUCCAGUUUGAAUAAAAUUUUAGUCGAUUGAUAAAAAAAAUA